AUGGAAUCUGGUCUGGGGUCCAACAACAGCCCGGACAGACUGCCCUGGGCAAAGAUUACAGAAGGCACACCUUUUGACAGCUUUGUAAUCGGUCAGAGGAUUGGAUUGACUGAACAUGCAGACAUUUAUGCCGUUAGUCAACAAAACAAACCUGAUACAGACGCAAACAUCACAUACGAAGCACGUUCCUACAGCUUUCUGGACAUUGAACCUAAUGUCAAGGCCAACAGAGCACGUGCCGUACGUCGAAUGUCACAAAGGACAAUUCUCAAUACGACUUGGCAAGAUUUACAAGUCAUCAUCUAUCGAACAGGCGAUGUACAAAAUUGCAAAAAACACGACCCAGAGGAAACCACUGGACCUGUGCCGAGUACUAUCCCUGACAUACCACCAAGUGAUAGGAAACCCAAAGAAAAGACAACACGUCGACGAGAAUCCAAUCGACUUCGGCAAAAGUCUCGUAGGGAGAGGACCCGAAAACAGAACAGGCUAGGUGAGGGGGCUUCGCAGGAUGAAACUGAGCUCGCGAAAUAUCAGGAUGAUGAAGAAUCUCCAGUUACACCCAAAGAUCCGAUUGAGGUAGAUGGUAGCUUCGUAUUCUUCGAACUACUAUACCUUGCCAAUGGCGACGAACAAUCUCGAAAAGAACUGCCGCCUACCACCAGAUUCCAGUUGGAAAGGUACAUAGAAGCAAGAGAAGAAGAAGUUGUGCUCGACGAUGAAGAUGCCUUGGAUAACUUCAUCUCUAUUAAAGAGCGAGAAAUUGUCUCUCUUCGUCGAACACUAAACCAGUACCAGCCAGUCUUGAGCAAUUGGCACACACAUCUCGAAUACGCUUUGCGACAAAGGCUUAUAGGCUCUACUGAACUACAAGGACAGAACAUACCAUUAUUCCUAAAGCGUUACAAGAUUCUCAAAUCAGGAUUGGAUGCUUUGCCAGGCCUGAUUACAAAAGCAGAAACAACGGUUCAAUCACUGAGACCCAGAUUGCUUGACGCUCGCAAAGCUAGGGAAAGCCGUGACGCAAAGCAAGCACGACGGUUGCGUAAGAAGAAAUUGGAGAAAACAAUCAAAAACUAUAACAGAUGGACUUCAAAUGUCACUAUAGGAUCCGCAUCUUACUACAAGAUUGGGGAGGAUAUUUCUUGUGUUGAACAAGAACUGGAGAGAUUAACCCUUGAAUCGUUGAAUUGA